AAGAAUUUUUUAUGAGGGAAAAGCUCGUUAAAACUUCGGGAAAAUGGAAAAUUCGAAAAUUCAAAGUUCAAAUCAGCACAAAAACACGCAGGAAAACGUGACAGUCACUCCUGUGGUGGCUGAAUUGCUCAACAAAGACACCGUAAAGACUGUUAGACCAAAAAGAAUUGUUACUAGAUGCAAAAUAUGUUGUAAGACAUUUCGAAACCCAGUAAAUUUGCAGUCUCAUUUGUACCUACAUCAAAGGAAUAAAAAUCGUGAGAAACGAAGAGCAUUUUUUUGUCGUCUUUGCAAGACAAGUUAUAGGGGCUUGUCUUCCUUUGUCGAUCACCAGAGAAGCCAUCAAUGUGAGAAGCACUCUCUCACGUAUGAAAUUGUUGCCAGUGAACAAGGAUUUAGUAGUCAAGAUGAAGAACAAAACCCAACAGAAGUUGUAAUUACAACAUCAAAUAACAAUGCCGAAACUAUCCAGCAGGUUACACAGCAUGAUCAGCCAACAAGUCAAGAAAGUCAACAUUCUACAUUACAAAAUGAUAUCUCCACUCUUUCUGCUAACAUGGUCACACAAGCGGAAACACUUCAAGCUGGAAUCCCUUUGCCUGCGUCAGCGGUUUCGUUAAUGGCAGCAUUGUGUUCCGCCGCAACACACUCCACCACACCGACAACCAAUAACAGCGCCACUGUGUCCGCAGCCAGUAAGAGUGCAUCGAACACAGAUGGAGUGCAAAUUGACAUUCCAAGUCACGUGAAAGCAAUUUACUUGAACAGCUCCAGCCCAAACCUCGGUGAUAUUCAGAAACAAUUGGAAAGUCUGAACAGCAAAGUCGAUUGUUUAAUGAAACACCUCAACAUACCGUUAGAUUCAGAUGGUAACCCUGUUCCCAUGGCAACCGGUACCAUAGAAGUUGAGCAGAAUGACAAGCUGUCUGAUUGCGAAGACGGCAACACGACCGUGAUGUUGGAAAACUUUCCGCCGUCUUAUUCUGUGGUGCAAGCAGCGAAGGAACAACAACAACAAGAAUACUACGCCCUCACGCUGUCGAACCGACAAGCUCAACAGGUCUUUAAGACUGACACCUCUCAUAUACUGAACAACACCCCCGAUUUGAAAGCAUUUCAAAAGGGCAAAAGCAUUGACUUGUGGGUACCUUCCCAUCAGUAUUUGUCUCAGUUAACCACACUCUCAGAACCGUCGCAUGUGCAGGACGCGGAACAAGAACAAGUCGAAAUGUCAUCCUCACUCAUAUCGAGUCAAAUCAUUGAUAAAAUAUUCGUUGAAAGUCGUUCGCGCGCAAACUUCGCGAAAAAUCUGACCUUUGCUAUAUUCUCUGCGGAGGAGAGACGUGGCAGGAACUGUACCGGUAGGGUGUUCGGGAAAGCACAGCAUAAAGGACAAUUGGACCCGAUUAAACUGCAAGCUGUAAAAGAAGCAACAUUUCGAAAAUAUCCAUGCGUCCAAACCUUGGUCGAUAUCACCUGGAGAAAAGAAUGCAUAACUGCGAUCGAUUCUGGACUGAGAAACGAAAAUAGAAGUGUAAAAUCACAAGACGCUCUCCACCACCAUCACCACGAUGUUGUGGACGGAAAUAUUUCUGAUGAAAUUAUUACCAAAAUGUAGCGCUUAUAUUAUUACUAUUUUUGUUUUCUAAUUAAUUUGUAAACUUAUGUCAAAUUGUGUCAUAUUAGUUUAAUGUGGGAUUAAGCCAAAUGUAAAUUUAAAA